GUCUUCAAUGAAAUUUACCCCGUCUGGACGUACUCUUACUUGGUGCUCCUCUUUCCUGUGUUCCUUGCCACAGACUACCUCCGUUACAAGCCUGUCAUUCUGCUUCAGGGACUCAGCCUUAUUGUUACAUGGUUCAUGCUGCUCUAUGCCCAAGGAUUGCUGGCUAUUCAGUUCUUGGAAUUCUUCUAUGGCAUUGCCACAGCCACUGAAAUUGCCUAUUACUCCUAUAUCUACAGUGUGGUCGACCUGGGCAUGUACCAGAAAGUCACAAGUUACUGUAGAAGUGCCACCUUGGUAGGCUUCACAGUGGGCUCUGUCUUAGGGCAAAUCCUUGUGUCAGUGGCUCACUGGCCACUGUUCAGCUUGAACGUCAUCUCCCUCACCUGUGUUUCUGUUGCUUUUGCUGUGGCCUGGUUUCUGCCCAUGCCACAGAAGAGUCUCUUCUUUCACCACAUUCCUGCCUCCUGUCAUGGAGUGAAUGGCAUCAAGGUACAAAAUGGUGGCAUCGUUACUGAAAACCCAGCAUCUAACCACCUUCCUGGAUGGGAGGACAUUGAGUCAAAAAUUCCUCUAAAUUUAGAUGAACCUCCUGUGGAGGAACCGGAGCCCAAGCCAGACCGGCUGCGUGUGCUGAAAGUCCUGUGGAAUGACUUCUUGAUCUGUUACUCUUCCCGCCCUCUGCUCUGCUGGUCCGUGUGGUGGGCCCUCUCCACCUGCGGCUAUUUUCAAGUGGUGAACUACACCCAGGGAUUGUGGGAGAAGGUGAUGCCUUCUCAAAGUGCCGUUAUCUACAAUGGUGGUGUGGAGGCUGUGUCAACCUUGCUGGGUGCAAGCGCUGUAUUUGCAGUUGGUUAUAUAAAAAUAUCCUGGUCAACUUGGGGAGAAAUGACGCUAUUCCUCUGUUCUCUCCUGAUUGCUGCUGCAGUGUAUACCAUGGACACUGUGAAUAACAUUUGGGUGUGCUAUACAUCCUAUGUUGUCUUCAGAAUCAUCUACAUGGUACUCAUCACCAUAGCAACUUUUCAGAUUGCUGCAAACCUCAGCAUGGAACGUUACGCCCUUGUGUUUGGUGUAAACACUUUCAUUGCCCUGGCAUUGCAGACCCUGCUCACUCUAAUUGUGGUUGAUAACAAGGGCCUUGGCUUAGAGAUUACCACACAGUUCCUGAUUUAUGCCAGUUACUUUGCGGUCAUCUCUGUAGUUUUCCUGGCUAACGGUGCAUUCAGUGUCCUAAAGAAAUGCAGAAAGCAGGAGGAUCCCAGCUCCAGCCCUCAAGCAACUACUCCCUAACAUGCUGCUCAAGUGAUGCUGCUUCCAAGCAAGGACUCUGCACAGCAACUGCCUGGAUGUAUUUAAACUCUUUAUGGUUCAGAUAAAUAUUUAUGAAUGUGUAUUUCAUGGCUUCAAAGCAGCUACUCAAUUAAUACCUUGUAUUCCAGGAGUUAAUAUGAUACUGUUGAGAGAAGCCAGAACUGAAGCUUUUAUCAUGGUUUAUUUAUGAGCUUUAAUUUAAGAAUAACUUUUCCUAAUUAGAUAAAAAAAAGUAGAAGAAGAAGAAUUUGAUUUUGGAAACCAAGUAAUCAAGACUGAUCAAGUGGCACACCUGUUGUUUCCUUGAUUAGCAUGUGAGUGUGAUAUUUUAUAGUCACAUGGUAGGAUCAGGGCUUCGGAGACCACAGGCUGUUGUAGUCAUGAUAGAAGUGUGUUCUGUCAGCACUUGCCCCUAUCACUUCUUUCUAAUUUCAGUGUUACUCUCCGGCAUGUGUGUUUCUGCAGAUGAAAAUCUAAGGAUUUCUAAUUUUUUUUUUAAUUCAUUGUAUGAAUGUUCUUGGUUCCCAUUUUGACCAUUGUGUAUUUUGGGAAACUUUCUUUAGAAGUACAUUUUUGAGUUGUUCAUAUGCUUCCCAGAGAAGCUCAUUUCAUUAGGAAAGGCAAAUUUUAAAGCCUGCUGCUAAUCUAAAUAGGGAGAACUAAUCACAGAGUCAUGGUAGGUUUGCUUGUCCUUAAUACUUCAGUAUGAAGGACUCUUAAUUCCAAGUGAAAAAGUCAUUUAUAAGUUAGAGAUACAGGCAGUCCAUUUUAUGUUUGCAUACCCUUUUACUUCAAGAAAAAGAAAGAAAGAAAGAAAGAAAGAAAAGAAAGAAAGAAGAAAGAAAGAAAGAAAGAAAGAAAGAAAGAAAGAAGGAAAUUAACUCUUUUCCUUUGAAACAACUUCAUUCCCAUAUGCCUUUCAUGUUAUCUUGGCUUUCUUAUCCAAGAUGAAGAUGUCGGUAGGAAUUGGAUUGUUCUAAGGCCUUUUUCAUAAACUGAGCCUCUUUCUCAUUAUUUUAUUGGAGCUGGAACUAGGAUCAACUUAAUGCCUGCAUUCUGGACCAUUAAACCUGCCUUUAUUCCUAAGAUGAGAUCAUCUUGAAAGAUUUUUAAAUUAAAAUUUGCUCCAUUUCCUCAUUACUUGAAAGAAUGGUGUUCUAUAAGCUAAUAUUUGUGAGACCUGAAAACUAUUUCAAAGCCAACUUUGUUGCCUUACUGUGCAAAGUGUCUAGGUAGGUGCUUUUAACCCGAGUGUUAACUUUCUAAGAACAGAACAGCUAAACAGUGUUAUUAAUGUUGGGGCUGGGAUAAUGUUCCAUAGUAGAGAGCUUGACCAGUGUGUGGAAGGAAUACCCUUGCUCAAGCAUCAGCACUGAGAAGACAAUACUGCAAAACUGAUGGAAGAAAUGAGAGUAAUAAUAGGUUAUUUCUGUGCACCUUCCUUUACAGCUAGGGAAAGGGAAAGAACACUGAGAAGGAGAGGGAGAACUAAGGUCAUAGUAGCAACCUCUAAUUUUACAUUUUGGUCACCCUCCCCAUGCCUUUUCUUUUAGCUCUAUAGGAAGUUGAUUGUCCAGAAAGAAGAAGUUUUGUGUCUGAGAAAUUUUAUUCUGUUUUUAAAUAUGUGUUGUGGUACAAUCAAAUUGUUCACAUUACCAAAGCAAUAUUUCCUUGGAAUUAAAUCCACAACUUGUGGCACCCAAUCUGAUCUGUCUUACCUGUCUAAAUCAAAAAUAUGUUCACAUCUUGCUGUGUGGCCAUAUUUGUAGAAUACUGAACCCAAUGUCCUGGUUGUACUGUAUGCACUUUUACGAAGAAGUGAAAAUAACUUGUACUUUUUAUUGUAUAGAUUAUAAAACUAUUUUUAUUAAAUAAAUAUUUUACAGUA